CCUACUCCGUCUGUAAAGAAAUGAGUAUGACCACGUACAAGAUUGGCGAUUAACAAGGCCUCCCUGCCAUGCCGAAUUAGUGGCGUCGAUACGCACAACGAGGAUUCAAAAAUUUGACCAUACCGCCGAUCAUGGGGGAGACGUAAGCUGUCACUACUAAAUUCUAUCGUCUACAGUGAGCGCAUUGGUCUUCUAAACCCGGUGCUCCUAUAUAUGCACUCGUGCCAUCCAUCAGCUGGCUACCGUGCCCACUCCUCCAUAGAAUUCCUGAACUUCUUACUGCAAGAGAGCACAAGCACCUCAUGAGGGAUCAUAGCUGGGUGGACGCCGGGCUUCACGGGUCCCAUUGCAACAACAGGAAAUCAGGGUUCGGCGCAGGCUGGAGUCGACCAGCAGCAGCUGACAUUUCCGGUUCGGACGGACUUCGUCAGGAUGACGAGCUCCGCGGCGACUGGUGCCCGGCAAUGCUGUCGAUCGGGACGUUCGGGGCAGUCGAUGGCCGCAGGGGCGAGCUGCAGAGGAUGCAGGCGGAGCUCACAUUGCUCAUGAGCGCCAAGGCCAUGGCCACAGCAGCGGCGGAGGGAGAGGACGACAAGAGGCGUCACCGGACGCCCAAGAGGUCCCCCUGUGGAGGGAUGGUCAAGCACAGGUCCUUCAGGAAGUUCUUGUCAGCUGCCUUCAGCAACUUCCUGCCCAAACCAAUCUUCAGGGGAACAACACCUGGACCGACACCCGCUCAGAUACCCUGGCCAUCACCCCAUGACGACAUACCCAGCGAUAACUGGGCGAUGUCAGAGGCGACGAUCAAGAGCUACCGAACGGCGCAUUUGCCUUGGAGAGGCAAAGCGAUGGGUGAGGAACAUGGGAGCAAAUGGAUCAGAACAGAUUCAGAGUAUAUCGUGCUGGAGAUCUGAACUCACAAGAUGGCGGCGACUAGGAGGAGGGGGGCCGGCUCCUGAUACAGUUUUCUUUGGGUACAUGUACAUGCCUGUAUCCAAAUUGUUUUGUCAGCUGUAACACUACGUUUUUGUGUCCUCUACCGUUAUGUAAGUGGGCAUUCGAGUAGUUUUACAGUUGACUUGGUGAUAGGUUAUCUUAGAGACUAACACCAAUGCCCUUGGUAGCAUCUGGUGCAAGCAAAACUGAUAUAUGAACAUGCUUUCUCCUCAACCAUCAAAUGUACAUCUGGUCAUUCAAGU